CUUCUCCUUCCUUGGGCUUGAGUGUCGGGGCUGGCUAGCUGGCGGGGCGUUGCGCACGGUCAGAGCGCGUCAGUCUGUGGUUGUCUUGGGCGCUCUCCGGUGUGAGUCAUGUUUGGGAGGCUGUCUACUGAGCUUGAGUCUGAUGCAGCAAGCUUAGUAAUACUGGCUUUGUCUUAAAAUAAACCAUGGAAAAAAAUUACAUAGCACUUCGGAAGACGCACUUUUUGCGCAAUAAGAAUAAAAAUGAGAUUGAAGCUGGAGAAAGUAGAAUGAAUGCUCAAAAAAUACCCGUAAGGGACAAAUAUUGUCAGACUGACCAUGAUGUGGGCCCUUUUGAGCAAGGUACAUUUUCGGAGCCUGGAGAUCCACCUCUACUACAGCAGCAGGUGCAGACUUCAAAAUCUGGAAUCCAGCAAAUUAUUGAGUGUUUUCGAUCUGGAACAAAACAGCUUAAACACAUGCUACUAAGAGAAGUUGACACCAUCUUUGAAUGCAAAACAUGCCGCAGUCUCUUCAGAGGACUACCCAAUCUGAUCACGCACAAACAGUUUUACUGCUUAUCAAAAGUUUGUGUGGAUGAAAAUCCACCCAAUGAAAAUGAUAGACAAAGUCGAGCCAUAAAAGAUCUGCUAGAGGCAAUUUAUCCAAAAGUCAACGAACCAGAAUAUGUAAUAAAACUAGAACCCAUUCAGACCAAUAAAAAUGCUGUUUUUCAAUAUGUAACACCUGCUGACGCUGCAAAUGAGUGUGUUCGUAAAGGACCUGUACCAGAUUCAGAUGAAAUUCAAGUAGAUUCACCAACCUCUAAUAAAACUCUAGCAACUGAAAUAGCAGAAUCUACUCCUACAGUGCGUUUAAAAAGGGAUCUAACUACCUUUGAUUUAAAGAAACCAGUGAUAACAGACUGUGUUGUAUCUUUGGUUAAAGAAGUAAGUAUUACUCACCCAUUUUCAUGUCGUGUUUGCAAGAAAGAUUUUAACUGUCGGAGAGGUGUACGCAGACACCUUAGAAGGGUGCACAAAAAGAAGCUGGAGGACAUAAAGAAAUUUAUUGAACUGCAAAGAAGGCCAAUUCUGACUACUGCAAGAGGGCUCAGUAUAGUCGAUUAUACACCAAGUGGUACAAAGUGUCAAGUUUGCUUUAAAUCAUUUGCCACAAAAGCAAAUGUAAGAAGGCAUGUUGAUGAAGUCCACAAAGGAAUGAGACGGGAUUCACCCUCUGAGGCCCCUACAAAACCUGGGAUAGCUUUGGAAACUGGGUCCCCUAAAAAAUCUCUGAAAACUCAGAAGUCCCCUGUAAACUCUGACUUUACCCUAAGUUCAUGUAAAUGUCCCUAUUGCAAACGACGCUAUACCUCACGCUUCCUUCUAAAAAAGCAUGUACAGAUUGUACACAAGACCAUUCUUCCUGCCGUACAUUCCAAACUGGACAAAGGACACACGGGUAACACAGACAGCAAAGUAAAAGUGGAAAGCUCUGUAGACUCUACUGCCACUUCUGGUUCCCACUCACCUCAGAAUGAAUUAAAGGGAGCAAAUAAUGCAAAUGAGAAAAAGAGUACACUAACUACACAGAAGAAUAAAGUUAAAACUGAUGCAGAUUCUCCCAAGGCAAGUCUUCCAGUGGUAGGUAGCAAGAAAAAAUACCAGAAGACUAAACUUACGGCUAGCUUUGACUUUAAGCAGCUUUAUUGUAAGCUCUGUAAACGCCAGUUUACUUCUAAGGAAAAUCUAUCAAAACACAUUGAGUUACAUACGGAUGGAAAUGGUCUCUAUGUGAAGUUUUACCGAUGCCCCCUCUGCAAUUACGAGACUCGCCGUAAACGUGAUGUAAUAAGGCACAUAACAGUGGUACAUAAAAAGACAGCAAAAGCUCUAGUAAAACUUACUGCAAAUUUGGAAAGCAGAGCGAUCAAAAAACCUAUUGAUUGUAUUCUCAGUAAAGAUUUAAAACGAGGGCCCCAAAAAGAUGCAACAAAAACAUCUCCCAUAAAAAAGCAAGAUGGAGUUGAAGCUAGCAUUGAAGUUAAAGUCACCAAAAACUUUUCUUUGCUUAAAUGUAAUAAGUGCGGAAAAGCUUUUGCAAAAAAGGCUGAUUUGGAACAUCAUAAAAAAACCCAUAAAACAAAUUCCAACAAUUCUUCAGUGGAAACAAAAGGAAGAAGUACCAGAUCUAAAAUGCAUGCUUCUUGAAUGUACCCAAGUAAAUCGAUUUUUUUUUUUUUGAAGGCAAGAUAUAAUUCAUUUGAAACUUUUUCAGCAAACUUAAAAACAAACUAUCCCGUAUUUGCCUUCCUAUUUUAUGACCUUAUAUACUGCUGGAUGCUGCGGUUUAGAGAAUAGGUCAUUUUAGUUUUUGCCUGUUUAUACAGGAUGUAAUCUUAUCUAGUAGAAAAAAAAAAUCUGAAGAACGUUUAAUUGAAAUUUGUUUUUUUGGUAGUUUCAAGACACUUAUGAAGGAUGACCAGCUGAUGUUAAGAUAGUUCUUAAGUAAGAUGAGUUUUGUAACUGGAUAAAAUUAAUUGUAACCUUGAGAGAGACAUCAUGUCUUUGUUACACUGAUAUGAGUUAAAUUUUGAAAAAUCCUGAAAUAAGGGAACAUAAGUUUAAAUGUGAUGUAUUAAAAUGACAAGCAAAGUCGGCAAGUUGCAGCGUGAGGGGAAGUGGGUCUACAUUUUGUAAUCUACUGCCUGAAUUUUUAAAAUAGAAGUCAGCUUUCUGAUUGCUGUUGUGUUGUUGUUUUUUUUUUCGUUUUUUUUUCUUUUCAACUCAUAUUUGACUAUGUUGCUGUAUCCUCGAAUAUGGAAGUUUCUAAAGGAAUAUUAAAAAAAAAAGUGAAGAGAAAAAAAAAAUAUUCAUGUGCAUAAUUUAAUAAUUCAUAAUUCCCCUCCUGGAUAUUUUAGAUGAAAAGUGCAACUCAAAAGCUCACUUUUUUAUACAGCUAUUGAGUUGCACUUCAGUUCUAAUAUAUCCAUUCCAGUGUCAGACAAUUUUGUUAUUCGUUUGUGCAACGACUUACAAAAUUAUGCACCUGUUUACUUUUUAUAGCUGUUGAUUUGUAUUAAUAUAAGUUUUGCAACACUUCAUACCGAAGUUGGAUUUAUUUAAAAGAGGUAUUUCAGAAUUUAAUUUUUUUUAUUUUUUUUUAAUAAUGCAUGAUCCUGUUCAGAAUAAACAAGUUUUUUGUCGGUCUUCUGCUCCAUCCACAAAGCUUUGUUGGUUGGCCUUUUCAGCCAGCGACCAUAUACAACUGAUACUGCAGUAAUUGUUUAAACAUAUACAUUUUUAGCAAGUUUAAAUGCUUCCCUUUUGAAUCCAUGAUAGAAUUGUUUGAAGUACAAUGUCCCUUUUAAGCUUGACUCAAAUGCUAAUUCUGAAUCCAAAGCCACCUUCAUCAAAAUACUGUAUAACUAUACUAUUAAUCAAUUCUUUUGACAAUAUUAUAUCACCAUGUUUAUUUUUUUAUAACUUAAUUUUUAAAUAUUACUAUGCCUAUGGGGAAAUCUGAUCACAAUAUAAUUUAUGUUUAAUAUAUUUGUCAACCACUGCAUCAAUUAAUAACUGGAUACCAAUUUGAUACUUUAAAAAUAGUUUGUAAAUAUGUAUAUGAGGAUCCUUUAUUCUCGUGUAGUGUGACUCUUUUCCUUAGCCGAAUUUAUUCUUGUGAAAGAUCACCUCACCAAGAUUUGUGCAAAUCCAGAUCUUAGUGUGGUGAUCUUUCACAAGAAUAAAUCUGGCUUCAAAAAGUGCCGAACAGCAUGAGCAGGCUCCUAUUUCCGCAUUCUGAUCCUCACAAAGGAUCCAAAUGUACAUCCUCGGAACACACACCAUGGCUCCAAGCAGCUACACACUGCAAAUCACAAGGGCAUAACAUUUCAGCGGAUCCUCCCCCAAGCUUGGAGUGUCCGAACAGCGGCAGAUCGAGCUGCACAUGUAGCUUCCCGGCACAAAAAGAACUAUGGCACUACAAGGUGAUGUAAAAUAAAACGCCAAUUUAUUAGAAGUAUUCACAAAUACAAUGACAAACCUGGAUGGCAUCCAAGAGUUGGUUUGUCUGUUGAGUUCUGCACCCCCUAGAGGAGCUUAGUCAUAGUCUGACUAAGCGCCUCUAGGGGGCGCAAAACUCACCAGUCAGACCUUCUCUUGGACACCAUCCAUGUCUGCCAUUGUAUUUUUUAAUACUUCUAACACCUUGUAGUGCCGUAACUUCUUUUUUGUACCUGCCUUUCUUGAAUUUAUGACAUUAACAGCAGUUUAAUUGUUUGAGCAAGCUUUUUUGCAGUCUUGAAUAUCUCCAUAGAUUUUUUUGGAAAGGAAAAACUGUUAAAUUAUUAAGCUUGAUGAUAAUCUCCCCCAUUAUAAUAAUAUGAAAUUGACCUCCAAAUUUAAAACUUUCGUGUAGUUAUUAAGAUUUGUAAAUGUGGCAUUUUGUUAUGACCUUUCAUUUUUACAUAAUCUAUUGCAUUUUAAUUUCCUGGAGUAACUGUAGGAAGCUCCAGUAUUAAAUUAGUACUCUGCCUGUGUUUUCUGGGAUGGAAAAACCCAGAACAGAAAUGUCUUACUGUGAUGCAAUGUUUAUUAUCACAUUUUAUUUUCAAAGCAUUCGUGUUGGCACCUGUGAGUGCUUUCUGAGAUUACUUAAAAAAUGUAACAGUUUGUCCACUUCUCUAUAUUAAAAUAGGUGUUUUGCUAAACCAAGCAGGACAAUAGUACGUAAUAUGUUUUGUAAGUGGAGGUCUACAGCAAUUUCCUCUUACGAGAUAGGGAAUGGUGGAAAAUUCUGAUUCAGGUACACCUGUGACUUGUAAAACAACCCUUGUCAACAUUUAAAGGGCACUGCUGUAAAAAUGUCCCUCUGUGAUAUGUACCCAAUGAUCUGUUUUACACGUUGGAGCGUAUCAUUUUGGUUAUAAUUGGUUCCUUUAUCUUUAGUUUGUCAUUUAAAAUAACUGAUUUUACCUGUUAAUAAACUAUGUAAAAAUUGCAAUAACAAGUUCCCAAUGGGGGUGGAAUAAAGAGAUAAUACAA